AUGAGCCCGAAUCCGCCGACCCUGCAGCCAAACAAGAAGAAUCAGACUGCUUCGCAGGCUCUCAAGCAACGACAGGCGAUGAACGUCGGUCAGACUCCCGCUGGGCAGGCCGUUAAGCCCGAAGACAAACCCGAUACACCUGAGUAUAAGAAAAAACAAGCCAUGCUAAAAGGCCCCAUAUUGGAGCUGGCGAGUCAGAAUGGAGCUGCGUACGGCAUGGAUGAAUGUACAUUUACUGGACUGAAGGACAUCUUCCUGGCUCUUCUCGAAAGCAAUACUAGAACCGGAGUGCUGAGCCCACAACGAUUUUUAGAGAUAUUCAAGCGCGACAACGAAAUGUUUCGAAAUUCCAUGCAUCAGGACGCACACGAGUUUUACGGUUUGGUGUUGAACGAUGUCAUUGCCAACGUGGAAAAGACCGCCCGUAAGUGUCAAGAACUGGGGAAAGCCAGAAGACAGGAUGGUCUGACCCAGUCGGUAGAAAAUAUUAUUGGUGCUGCCGCUCUGAAUCAUGGAGCAGCAGGCUAUCAAUCCCCUGGAAUUGGAUGGGUGCACGAUAUCUUUGAAGGCGUGUUAACAUCCGAGACGAGGUGUCUAACAUGUGAAACGGCAUCACAACGAGAUGAGACAUUCCUCGACCUGUCCAUUGAUCUCGAAGAACACGCUUCCGUUACAUCGUGCCUGCGGAAGUUUUCAGCCGAGGAAAUGCUGUGCGAGCGAAACAAGUUUCACUGUGACCAUUGCGGCGGUUUGCAAGAAGCCGAAAAGCGCAUGAAGGUCAAGCGUCUGCCCAAGAUUUUGACUCUACACUUGAAGAGAUUUAAAUACACGGAGGACUAUAGCCGACUACAAAAGCUUUUCCAUCGAGUGGUUUAUCCAUAUCACCUCCGCAUGUUCAACACUACAGAUGAUGCAGAGGACCCCGAUCGGCUUUAUGAGCUGUAUGCUGUCGUCGUACACAUCGGUGGCAAUGCAUACCAUGGCCACUAUGUUUCGAUCAUUAAAACCAAGGACAGGGGGUGGCUUCUCUUUGAUGAUGAAAUGGUCGAGCCUGUCGAUAAGCACUUUGUACGUAACUUUUUUGGAGACAAGCCGGGCAUGGCCACGGCAUACGUUUUGUUUUAUCAGGAGACUACGUUCGAAAAGGUAAGAGAAGAGCAAGAAAAGGAGGGAAUGGAAGAGGUCAAACUGGCAACACAGGCGGCGAACGUAGCCCACGAAGACAGUGACAAAGGAGACUCUACCCCAUUGAAGAGACAGGCAACGCAACCGGCGCCGCCUAUCCCAGAACAAGAUUCAUUGUCAAGUCUCGCUCACGCUCAGACCGCGCCGGAUAUGUCCACUUCGACUCCCCAGGCGGGCGAAAUACCCAGCCUCCCAGUGGGAUUGGCAGCUGCAGGUUCUACCCGGACAUCAACGGCGAAACAGGAUGGGCAGAGCAGAGAAGACAAGAAGAGAGAGAAGAAGGAGCGCGAGGCCGCGGAAAAGGCCGCCAAGCAGGCAGAGAAGGAUAGAGAGAAGCAGGCCAAAGCAGCAGCAAAGGAGGAAGAGAAGGCUAGAGAGAGGCAAGCUAAAGAAGACGAAAGACGACGGCGUGAAGAGCAAGUACACAGGAUUCAGACCCGCAGAAUUGAACAGGAAGAGUUCCAAAAGGCAUUAGAUGCCAGCAAGAAGACGGCAGCUCAGGAAGAGGGUGCCAGGAAGAAGGAGAAUGGCUCUGCAUCAGGCUCGAUGGGAUUUCUCGACCGAUCCAAGAGAGGUAGCAAGUCCAUGUCGAGGAAGAGCUUUAGCUUUUUCCACAAGGACAAGGCAAACAGCGACAGCACUGCGAUGGACAAUGAGAACAGCGAUACGCCGGAGAAGCCAGAAAAAGCUGGCAAGAGCCGGCUCAGCGUGGGAUUAGGUCGAAAGAAGAGCGCCAAUUUACUGUCUCCAUGA